ACGCAUGCGCAUUUAAUCACACGUGUUUAAAAGAUGGAGUCGACGUCGGUCGAAAUUUCACCGGACGGUGAAUUUGCGAUUCAUUCUAGCCACGAUGGGGUCGUAAAAAUUUGGGAGACUGCAACAAGUUCAUUAAGAAAUGAAUACAAACCUAGUUCACAUCUUUCGUCCUCUUGCAGUUGCCUGUCAUGGUGUCCAAAGCAAAAAACGACGGGAACACCAAAACGAAAGCGAAGGAGGAGCAAUAAGUCUGAUGUUGGUCAAGCUAUCAGUGAUCUCGACCUGGUUGCUAUAGGAACAGUGUCAGGCUCAAUCAUCCUCUACAGCGUCGUCAAGGGAGAAAUUCAUAGCCAGCUGACUGAUGGACAUUCCGACAGAGUGAACAGUGUUGUGUGGUAUCCUGAGUCUAACUCCUUGUACAGUUGUUCAAGUGAUAAGCAAAUUAUACAGUGGGAAGUCACAUCAUCAACCAUAAAACACAAAUGGCAAGGGGAUAAAGGUGCUGUACACAGUCUAUGCAAGUGCUCUUCAAAGCAUUUGUUGUCGGCAGGUCGAACUAUUAAACUUUGGGACUUGGCAAAUAAACAUCUGCUAAAAACGUUUACUGGCCAUGCUACAGAGGUAUUCAGGAUGGUGCACAUCCCUGGAGGGGUCAAUGACAACGUGGAGAAUUCAUACUUCCUGUCUGCAGCCAUGAAUGACAGACUAGUCAAUGCAUGGCACAUAGACAUGGAGUCCAAAGACAAAAAUGCCAUAACUGCCUUCUCCCUCUCUGAUGAACCUGUGUCUAUGCAGACGUCAUCCCAUGAGAAGGCCAUAGUUCUUGUUGUUGUAACAAAGUGUGGAAAGGCAUUAAUCUUCGAGCACACAUUGAAUGGAAAGUUAAAGAAACCCCUGUUGCCAAAGGUAACAAUCCAGAUAGCAAGUGACUGUGGCAAGGGUGAGGUUCCCCGGCCCAUACAGAUCCUGGCAGCCUAUGUCUGUGAUGAGGAGGACCACAAGCUAAUACUGGUGCACGGCAACCACCUCAAACCCACCUUUGAAAAAGUGGCAUAUUCCACAUCAGAGCCUGAAAUGUGUUUGGUACGAGAAGACCCCAUGAAGUCUGUGUAUAAAAAGGAAACAAGUGUUUCUAAGGUGAAGACCCCGGAUGUUUCCAAGGAGAUGACACUGCUGGUACCCGGUCAGAUGGCUCCCAGCCUUCCCACACAGGAGCAGACAACACGCAGGAAACGGAAGACUUCUGUUGGCGAGAUGACCAUGGAACAGCGGUUGAGUGCCAUCAGCCUGGAGAAGCCCAAGACGGGCCCCUCACAGCCCCCGCGGGCCGACACUCUGGUCACACUGCUGGUACAGGGGCUGCAGAGUCAGGACAGUCAGAUGCUCAAUAGUGUGUUGAGGAAUCGUGACAAGAGGCUGAUAGACAACACACUGAGGAAGCUUCCAGUGCAGCUUGUGAUCCCCUUGGUGAAGGAGCUCACAAGACGCAUGCAUGCGCAGGCUGCCAGUGCCUCCCCCAAUGUUGCCUGGAUGAAGUCUGUGCUGUCUGUUCACACAUCUUAUCUCAUGACGUUCCCUGAGAUCGUGGAUGCGUUCAGUUCCCUGUACCAGAUGAUGGACGCCCGAGUGAACAUGCUCAGUCGACUGUCACGCUUGAAGGGCAAGGUGGAUGUGAUGCUAUCACAAAUCCAGGCCCAGACCAAGGAGGAGCAUGGGGCAAGCCAGGAACCACUGCUGCAGUUUGAGGAAGAAUCUUCUGAGGAGGAAGACGAGGAUUUGGAGGUGAUGGCAAUAGGGCCUGGGGCAUCAGAUUCUGAGCAGGACAACUGGGAAGACUUGUCAGAGGACAACUCCGACAUGGAAAUGCAGGAAGAAAUGAACGGCAAGGGAUGAUGAUGAUGAUGAUGAUGAUAAAAAGGAAACAACUAGAAACAAAAUGCACCUGACCCACACCUCCAAUGCAGCGUGCUAUACUGGGCUGGCCAGAUAUAAACAAUAACAACUGUGUGGUAUUGAAGUGGUACAAGAAAUUUCUGGGUGGUUCAGUUAAUCUGGAAAUGUUCCUGGUUUGAUUUAAAUUAAUCAUGUGCAGCAAAGGGUUGCAAAGUGCUAUACAGCUUUAUCCCUGUUUACUUUAUUGUCGAUUUGGACUGAAAUGAAUUUGUUUGUAUGUUAAUGUAUAGAUGAAUGCUUCGUACUUAGUUUUGUUUUGAGAAAAUUCAAGAUAAAAUUAGUACAUGUACCGGCAAUAUUAAAAUAAAACUUUUCACAAAACCAUAAGUUAAUUGCUACAGCGCAAUAUAGAAAUUUAAUAAAAAUUACAUAAACAUACUUUAAAAAACUGUUUGUUUCUAUUAGUUUCAGUAUUCAGGAAACUAUUUGUUCACAGUACAUAUGUAUAGCAAAUUUAUCUUGACUUUAAGACAAAUAAUUUUUUCUUAUAAAUAUUCUGUUAUCUUGUAAAUAUAAUGCAUGAAUUUGUGCUGUAUUAUUGAAGUAUGGCAUUAAAAUCUCCAAAUAUAA